AUGGGACCAUCAAAACACCGCGCCCGUUUCUUUUCUCCCCACCGCUCAAGCGCAAGCCAAUCCGAAACAUCCUCCCAGCCAGACUCCAUACUCACCUCCCCAUCAACUGCCGCCUUGCAAGAGCCGAACUCGUCCUCCUCCGCCACCGAACAAGCCGCCCAGCACCUCAGAACCACAAACCGCAUCCGCACAGAACUCGAAGAAGUCCGGCGUCUGCGACGACUCCACGACCCGAGCUUAAACACCGACGAGGCGGACAAGAUCGACCGGACGAUAGCCGACACCGCAGAGGCAAUCUACGAAGUCGCCGUGCUGCUGGAGCCGACGCGCAUCGAGCAGGAGGUGCGCGGGGGAAAACUGAGUCUGGGGAGCCAGCUGCGGUGGAAGUAUCGAGAUAGCCAGCAAGUGAUUCACAAGUUGAUUCUGUUACUGCAGUGUUAUCAAGACUUGAUCCCGGUGUUGAGUGAUUUGCGGCGGGUGAAUGUGUCGCAGCAGCUGCCGCCGAGGAGAUUUGAGCUGGAGGCUGGGGUUCCGCCGAGUGUUUCACUGGAGACUAGAGACAAUAAUAUCCCUCUUGAUGGGCCCGCUCGGGGAGAUAUUGUCGCUCCUCCGGGUGGAGGGGGAAAGGGGUUCCUUGUUGAAAGACCGCAUGAGAAGAUCGUGGGGAUGGGUGCCGAGACACCAGGCUCAGCUAUGAGAAAGCCUGAGGAGAAAAAUCCCGUCAAUGCUGGUGCUGUGAAUGGCGAGAUGCACGAUUUACUGGCGUGGCGGCGCUCGCGAAAUCCGGUUACUGAAACCAAGCGGUCCUCCAUUUACAUGUCGCCUACACCGAAAGCGAAAGGGAAAACUUAA